CGGCGCUAGUGAGCAUAGAAUUUUUGUUUUCCGGAUAGAAGUUAUCACCCAGUGGCCCACGCACCACAGCAAAGUAAAGCAAUCGUCAUUCGUCAGUUGGUCACACGGAUUAUCGCUGACGACGACAAAACAUCCGCGCGGUAUCGCGUAUCAUUCUGAUUGUUUAGGCUAGGAGGCAAUAUCGUUUUGUUUAUUGUGAGGUUUGAUGAAAGUAAAAUAAAGAAUGUCCAAUCAGUUCAUUUCGGACCGUGAUCGAGAGUAGACUUUUUUAAAAAGCCGAACCGUCCGUAGAACUCAUAACUGGCGCCCGAAUCUGGGACCUGAUAGUAAUUGUAUAAGUUCAGUCGAACGAAGCCACCUUCAGCUGCCUCCAAGAGAGAAUUCGUCAUCCCGGACCCAGAGCCAUCAUCAAUCAAGUUGGUGAUUUGAGGAGACGGAGCGCGAAGAGGUGCACUAUCAGGAUACCCAACCCCGGAAAUAGGACCAUCCAGGACUGAGGCGUUGUCCCGCAGUACAAACCGUACUUCCUGAACUUCAAAGGACUUUCCAGGACCUAGGCGUUGUCCCGCAGCAUGCGAUUGUGCUUCCUGAUUCUCUUAAUCCCACACAUACUUUGUAACAACAUCGAAAUUCACAACGUUAGCAACGAUCCAGUAGUCAUAGUGAAGAUAGGAGAAGCAAGAAUCCUAGAAGGAUACCAGAAAUUCGUACAUGCCAUCAACAUAACGGACAUAGAACAGUCAAUAUCGCAGAUAGAAAGUCACAUAUCCACAGUAAACAUCAGCCAUCCAGAACUAAUCACACUACUGAAACGAAAGACAGACGACCUAAGAAAUAAUAUAAAACAACUCAAACCAAGACGAAAACAAAAACGUUGGGACGCGCUAGGACGAGCAUGGAAAUGGAUGUCUGGUUCACCCGACGCUGACGACCUUAGAAUAAUUACAAAAGGCAUAAACGAAAUGGUCGACAAUAGUAACAAACAAAUCAAAAUUAACAACCAAGUUUUUGAUAGUUUAGGAAACCUCACAGAAAUAACUAAUAAACUCAUCAACAUUACAGAACAAAAUUCCAAGCUUUCUUCAGAAGAAACUCAGGUAUUACAUUUGAUUUUAAAUUUAGACAUCAUCAAUCAGGAGAUAGCAAGCAUACAGGAAGCCAUAAUAUUUGCAAAAUUAGGGACAGUCAAUUACAAGCUUCUAACCACGGACGAAAUCAUCCAAAUUGACGAAUUGCUAAGCAACCAAGGCAUGCACCUGGACCUCUUAGAAGAAGCCAUCAACUUUGCGAAGGUGACCAUCGGCACAAACAACGAGUUAUUGCUCUACGUGGUAAACAUCCCCAAGUUUUAUCAUCCGGUCUACGAAGUACUGAAAAUCGAAGCCAUCUUAAAAAAUUCUCAACGCAUCCAUUUGAAAGGAAAUAUUUAUUUACGAAACAAGAACGAAUUGUUACUACAGAAAACACCUUGUGAACGACUUGGAAAUUGGAGUCUAUGCUAUCAAUCAGACGUCGAAGACAUUUCGGACGACAACUGCGUUUCCAAACUAGCAAGGGGAACGGAAAGUAAAUGCACAUAUGAACAUAAUCCCAAGCACCCUUCCGUAACCAAAAUCAGCGAAACUACCGCACUUCUCAACGAUAUUAAUACCAAUCUUCAAACAACAUGUGGAAUCUCCAAUAGGAACCUAACCGGAUCAUUUAUGAUCAUAUAUCAAAAUUGUUCUAUAACCAUUGGAGAACACACUUUAACCAACAACGUCAUCAAAACAGUUAACCAAAGAAUCUUCAUCCCAUCAACAGGAUUAAAAGUAAAGGAAGAAGGACUCGAACGUAAAUUCGACAUCCACACACUUCAUCAAGUACAACACCAGCAUUUGAAACAAUUGCAACAUCUUAAAUCCGCAACGGCAGCUAAUUCCUGGUCUCUCAUAGGAGGAUUUUCAUUCUCGACAUCGAUCAUCAUUUUUAUCAUAAUUUUCGUUAUGUUCAAAUUUCGUUCUCAAGGCACCUUCAUUCAAAUUGACCGAUCCAACACUUCACCCAUCGAGGCACCCACGGCUACCAAAGACGUCCAGUACUAUCAACCAGCUUCAACCAUUCCGGCAGGGCUAACCGUCUAACGUUGACCCAGGAGGCUCAACACUCGGGGGAGAGCAGUUAUCACCCAGUGGCCCACGCACCACAGCAAAGUAAAGCAAUCGUCAUUCGUCAGUUGGUCACACGGAUUAUCGCUGACGACGACAAAACAUCCGCGCGGUAUCGCGUAUCAUUCUGAUUGUUUAGGCUAGGAGGCAAUAUCGUUUUGUUUAUUGUGAGGUUUGAUGAAAGUAAAAUAAAGAAUGUCCAAUCAGUUCAUUUCGGACCGUGA